ACGAAGCAGGUCAAUUCGAACAUCAAAUCUACAGAAUUUGAUGGUUCCAUGGAUAUAUAAAUGUGCUCCUAUCUGACAAAUUGAUGAUAAUUAAUUUCCACAUGGGUGUGUUCUACCAUGAAGAGCCACCAAACCAUCCCAAGAGAUGCAAAUACCUUGUGGCAACUUUUAUUAAGGAAGUUUUCUCCAGUUGCCAGAGUUUUGCAGCACGGCUUUCAACUUCAAGUUUUGAGGAUGAGUACCCAGUGAGCGAUUUUGACGAGGAACAAGAAUUGUUUAUCUCAGCAGUGAUAAGCCGAACCAUGGAGAAACAGAAGCACAAGCCAAAUGUGUUGAGACACAACUUUUCUUGGGUAUACUCUCCAGCAACGAAAGAACUUUAUUUCACUACUCAGGCAGUGGCACCACAAGAAAAGGUGGAGAGUGAUCAAGAAAGUGAUGAAGGAGAAGAGUUUCUGUCAGUUAAAAGUUAUUUCUCACGCUGUUCAAGUUCGCCAAGUGGGGGGGAAGCAUUCUAUUCUGUGAAGACAAACCUUUCACGAUGUUCAAGCUUGAACGAACUUGACUUGUCCAAAUAUAGGAGGCCCUCAGUGAUUCAGGAGUUUUGUCAUUGCGAGGGAUGGCCUUUUGGUCUUUGCCGCAGAGCUGUGUUGCUUCCACCACUGCCCAAGUCACCUUCUGAGUCAUGGUUGUCGCUUAAAAUGCAACCAACUUCUAACAAACCAUGAAUAUAUUUGUUCACCUCUUAUGCUACUUUAUAAGAUUAUCUCAAGUAAAAAUAGGUUAAACAACUUUAUAAAAGAUAUGAUUGGACCAUCUUGAAUUAAAGUAUAUGAUUAAUUACACUAAUUAUCUUUUAUGAGGUUAUUUAACCAUUUUUUACUUGAGAUAAGUUAGUACUUUUAUUUUAUCUUUGUUUUCAGGAACUGUAACUGCCACACAGAGUAAUCAAUAUUGAAAGGCGGAAGCACAAUGGUUUUUACUUUUUAUAGGAUUUUUUAUAGAUGAUGGUUUUUUUUUCA